CUUAAAUGAUGUAAAACAGCACUCAAAAGGGUUUUGAGAGAGAGACAAAAGAGGACACACAACAAGUAGCCACUCUCUCAUCUCACCCAUCUCUUUACACACAUCAAGUAGCCACACUCUCUCUACUUCUCGCUGUUUUCUCCACUUUCUCUUCUCCUUCUUUCUCUAGAGAUCUCUUUCUCUAUCUUCACUACUUUUCUUUCUAGAGGACAACUGUGACAUUUUGUCUGAACGCAUCUAUGGCUGCUCUGGUUCUUUCACUUCUCCUUCUAGCCAUGGCUGGCCAUUCUAGUGCCUCAUGGUGUGUGUGUAAAACAGGGCUGAGUGAUACAGUGCUACAGAGCACACUAGACUAUGCCUGUGGCAAUGGAGCAGACUGUAACCCUACUCACCCAAAAGCACCUUGCUUUGACCCUGACAAUGUUAGGUCUCACUGCAACUAUGCAGUCAAUAGCUUCUUCCAAAAGAAGCACCAAGCUCCAGGCACUUGUGAUUUCAGUGGCACUGCCACUCCAACUAACUCUGAUCCAAGUUACUCAGGAUGCACCUUCCCUACUAGUGCCAGUGGCUCCGGUAGCAGCACCACUGUGACACCAGGCACAACCAAUCCAAAAGGCAGCUCAACCACACUUCCUGGUGGCAAUGGCAACAGUCCUUUUUCAGGAACCUCCUCAACCAAUGGAGUUUUUGGAAACAAUAGCACUGGGAUUAACCCGGACUACACGACAGAGAGCAGCGCGUUUGCUCUCAGGAACUCAAGCACAUUUCUCACCUACCUUCUCUUGAUCGCUUUGAGUGGAUUCUGUUCUUUCAUGAUGCUCUAAGAAUGUUAACUUUCUCUGGUUUUGUUGGUGCACUUAUUGUCUCAAAGGUCAUUGAGUCUAGCUUAGUUGUAAUCUCUGUCUGUCUGUUUUGAGUCUCUCUAGCUAUGUUAUGUUCUUGUUGUAAGAAGAUUUCAGCCCAUGCUUUCACUCUUACUCUCUUAAAAUGUUUCUGGUAGAUUUGAUCGUAGUGAAGAAAUUUAUAUAUAAAAUGAACUUAUCUCA